ACUUUUCAGAGAUGACAUCGCCGUGUGGGCGUAACAUGCCAGAAAGGGCAGGCGCAUUAGCAUCACAACAAAAGUGGGUCCGUGAAGCAGGCGGACUAGUGAAACUACACAACGAUUUUAUCCCGUUCACAUUUGAGACUGCAUUUGUCAGUCUUUUACUUUGUUCAUUCCACUCGGUAGUUACGAAGCGACAUCGCAAUGGCUUUGAACAAGAACAAUUCAGAAUCCGGAGGCGUCAUUAUCACCAACAGUGAAAGUGUGUUGAUGAGCUAUGAGAACGUGGAGCUUGUAUUCUGUGAAGCUGAGUGCCUGCCUGAUGCCUUCAGGAAGAGUAAGAAGGGGAGUAUCUUCCUGACUCCCUACAGGGUGAUCUUUGUGGCGAAGGGGGGUCAUGAUGCUCUGCUGUCCUUCAUGAUGCCUUUCUACCUGAUGAAGGGCUGUGAGGUCAAACAGCCUGUCCUGGGGGCCAACUACAUCAAAGGCACAGUCAGCGCAGAGCCCGGAGGAGGCUGGGAAGGCUGUGCCACCUUUAAGCUGGUGUUUGCUGCUGGAGGAGCCAUUGAGUUUGGACAGUGCAUGUUACAGGUCGCUGCACAAGCAUCCAGAGGGCAGCCUGUGAGUGGUGGCUUUGGGGGCUGUCCGUACAUGGCCAACGGGGCAUAUGCCUACCCUCCUCCCCCAGCCAAUGGGUACCCGGCGGGACCCCCACCCGGGUACUCCUACCCCAACCCCCCUCCGCCAGAUGCAUUCUACCCCAACCCCGCCGGGUUUGAUGGCCCUGCGGCCUACAUGCCCCCUCCUCCCUACUCCGCCCCUCUGGGACAGCAGGCCCCCCACAACCCUGACCUGCCCUCCACACCUGCAGCCGAGGCAAAGGCAGCAGAGGCAGCAGCCAGUGCCAGCUGUGCCACACUCCCUCCCACCUACCUACCACAGGACAAACCUCCCCCCUACUCUCCUACUGAGGACAAGAAGACCCAGUAGAGCACCGAUAUCUCAGCUCCCACGGCCUCUCCAUCCCUAUGAUUUAUUUCCUCCUCUGUCUCUUCUACAAACCCCUUCUGUCUACCUGGCUCCCUUUGAAUCCAUCCCAACUUUCUCAAGCUCGUGUACAGGCAGUUCCUUUCUACCUGAGUUCCACUAAACAAUUAUAUCAUACCCAGCUGAUUUUAACUAAACAGUGUAACUUACAGCUCUUCUAGAGUGGUUGAUGAUAUGAUUGUAGCUUGUUUGGGCCCUAAGCUGUCAGGAAACAGGGGAUAUUAGGUUAAGGCGGAGGUGAGGUUUAGUACUAGUCUUGUGUACCUGCCUUUUUCUGUAUUAGCAAACCCUAAGUUGGCUAAAGCAGAAACGGGCAGGCUGAAGGUUUAGCAGGUUGUUUUGGUGAGAAGCUGAUUUAUUUUCUAAGACGACUGGACAAACUGGACUGAAUGAAGUUUUUUUUCUUUGCUAAUCUAUCCAGUGGCUAGCGAAAGUCUGUAUUGUUGAAUUAUUUAUUUAUUAAUUUAUUAUUUUUCUGUACAGGAUUUUAAUGUGACUACUUUAAAUAUGAGAGCAUAGCAGUAGAUCAUUGGACCAGGUCUCUGUUGAAAAAUAAAUGUUAUUGCAAUGAGACUAACCUGAAUAAAAAAAGGUUAAAUACAGAACAGUUGGUGAAGUUUGACAUAUAUGGUACAAAUCUGAAAUGAUACCCUUGUAUGUAGGAAAUAUGGUGUCAUUUGAGACUCGCCCUUUGUGUUGAUAGGGACCAUAAUGUCAGUUAUAGUUGACAGCUAGUUAGAAUACUAGUGAAUCCCUGAUCCUAGUCGAACUGUACUGAACAAAAAUAUAAACCGUAACAUGCAACAAUUUUACUGAGUUACAGUUCAUAUAAGGAAAUCAGUCAAUUUUAAAUAAAUAAAUUGGGCCCUAAUCUAUGGAUCUCACAUGACUGGCCAGGGGUGUGCCGGGGAGGGCCUAGGCCCACACACUUGAGAGCCAGGCCCAGCAAAUCAGAAUUAGUUUUUCCCCACAAAAGGGCUUUAUUACAGACAGAAAUACUCCUCAGUUUCAUCAGCUGUCCGGUUGGCUGGUCUCAGACAAUCCUGCAGGUGAAGAAGCCGGAUGUGGAGGUCCUGGGCUGCCGUGGUUACACGUGGUCUGCGGUUGUGAGGCCGGUUGAACGUAAUGCCAAAUUCUCUAAAAUUACAUUGGAAGUGGCUUAUGGUAGAGAAAUGAACAUAAAAUUCUGGCAACAGCUCUGGUGGACAUUCCCAAUUGUACGCUCCCUCAACUUGAGAUAUCUGUGGCAUUGUGUUGUGUGACAAAACUGUACAAUUUAGAAUCUUUUAUUGUCCCCAGUACAAGGUGCACCUGUGUAAUGAUCAUACUGUUUUAAUCAGCUUCUUAAUAUGCCACACCUGUCACGUGGAUGGAUUAUGUUGGCAAAGGAGAAAUGCUCACUAACAGGUAUGUUAACAAAUUUGUGCCCAAAAUUUGAGAGAAAUAGCUAUCUGCUACUGCCUGUGUGUAUGGAGCAGUUGCCCCAUGAUGUAAUGUCCUGUGUGUCACUCUUCUGAACAUUCUAGAACUCACUCACCCACCACAUCAGAUCAAGGAUAAGUGCUGUCUUGCUUGCGUCACAGCACUCUGCAGUGUUCCGGACUUGCACUAGCUAACGGACUAGUCAGUUCUCUCUCUUAUAACAACCGUAAUGGCUGUACUUCUCUUGUGAUGGGUUCUUCAGUGACAUGUUUGAGGUCAAUCUCUGAAUCACAUCUGAGCACCUUAAUAUUUUGGCCACUCUCUUUCUCCCUCUGUUACACAAGGCAGUCACCUGAUUCUUUGCACUUUAAAAAAAAUAUGCAUCAGGCUUCUUGUAACUCCCAUUAAUUUGAGUAUUUUAUUUGAAAUGGUAAAAUAUUUUAUUAUAAAGACGAAACAAAAGCAUGGUCUCAAUUCAACUAAUUGUAUUUUUCUGUACACAUUGUGAUGCUAGCCUGGGUACCUGACUAUUUCUGCAUUUAUAUGCUACAUCAUUGCCUUGUUUGACAAAACGACAAGUUCGGAGAACUUGUGCAAAUCCACAUCAGUAUCCCAAAGGCUAGUCCGCUGUACAGAGUCUGAUCCCAUGUUCCAGAACAUUAACAUUCCAGAAGAUUCCUGUGUCACAGCUGUGCUUACUAAUUGCCUCCCGUUCAAGUCGGUGUCCCACAACAGGACCGUAAAAACAUCUGUACAGGAGACAUCACAACACUGUCAUCAUAAACUUUACAUGUUAGGGACAGCAACAGGAGGGAGACUGGUUUGCAUUCCUGUUAAGAGGAUCCGCACCUUUAUUAAAAUUUUUGCCUAAAAUGACAUACCCAAAUCUAACUGCCUGUAGCUCAGGACCUGAAGCAAGGAUAUGCAUAUUCUUGACACUAUUUGAAAGGAAACAAUGAAGUUUGUGGAAAUGUGAAAUUAAUGUAGGAGAAUAUAACAUUAGAUCUGGUAAAAGAUGAUACGAAGAAAGUGUUUUAAUUUUUUUUGCACCAUCUUUGACAUGCAAGAGUAAGGCCAUAAUGUAUUAUUCCAGCCCAGGUGCAAUUAAGAUUUUAGCCACUAGAUGGCAGCAGUGUGUGUGCAACGUUUUAGGCUGAUCCAAUGAACCAUUGCAUCUGUCAACAUUUUGUAUCAAGACUGCCCAAAUGUGCCUAAUUGGUUUAUUUAUACAUUUUGAAGUUCAUAACUGUGCACUUUCCUCAAACAAUAGCAUGGUAUUAUUUCACUGCAAUAGCUACUGUAAAUUGGACCGUGCAGUUAGAUGAACAAGAAUUUUAGCUUUCUGUCCAUAUCAGAUAUGUCUAUGCUCUGGGAAAUGUUCUUGUUACUUACAACCUCAUGCUAAUCACAUUAGCCUACGUUAGCUCAACCGUCCGCGGGGGAUCCACCGAUCCUGUAGAGGUUAAGGUUCCCAAAGGAAUAGUCCUUUUUAAGUCACAAUGUCGGGUUUGUGCGGUGGGGGUGUUGGUGGGGGAGAUCUUUGUGGGCAAUAUUCUGCCUUGUCUCAAGUUGGUGGUCUGGUGGUGGGGGGGCUGUGCUUUGGCAAAGUGGGUGGGGUUAUAUCAUAUACAUGUCUUUUUGUAGAGCAAGGUACCACUGGAUGCACAGACCACCUCGUGUACUCAAAGUCAUUGAGAUAUGUCAAGUUUCCUUGUAGGUGGGCUUUUCGGCGGGGAAACUGUGAAGCCAGCUGUAUUGCUUGUUUCUGUUUGUGUUUUAUUAAAGAAUGUAAAACAAUGUAUUUUUUCUGCUUUUCAAUAAAUCAUGCAUAGCUGUUCUUUAUAUGACCUAAAACAAA